UGCCAACAGGUCUCCAAGAAGAAGACAAUGUCAGGAUGCUUGUGUUGUGGAUUACACUGCAUUUUCUUCAUCAAGGAUAUAUGCUGGUUCCAGUAACCACGGUUCAGCUAGGUGAACCUGCAACUUUCAUCUGUAGCUUAUUUCAAACAGAGGUCCUCCCUCGACAAGUCCACUGGUACAAACAGACUGCCGGGGACACACUGAAAGUAAUUGUGACGAUGCAGAAAUCUAAACCACCUAAGUAUGCACCAGACUUUCCAACAUCCAGAUUGGAGCUUAAUAACAAUAGCAGUUUUAGCAGCCUGACCAUUCUGAGGACAAUCCAAGAGGAUGAGGGGAUGUAUCACUGCGCAGUUUCAGAGUGGCUUUCAAAUACUGUAUGGACUGGGACAUAUUUGCUAAUAGAAGGCUUUCACCAGGAUCUAACUUUGGGAAAAAUUCAGGGCACAUUAAACUCUUCUGUUGUUCCGAGGUCGACAGUAUCAUAUGGAACCAAACAGGACAGUCAUGUUCCAGGAAGCAGCACAUGGUCAUAUGGAUCCAGUACACUUAUUUUUCUGCUGUGUGCUGUCAUGGCUAUAAGUCUGAUUGUUAUAGCCAUCCUUAUUGUUGCAAUGAAGAAAGGCAACACGGAUUACUGCAAAGAUGUUGUUCCUCUGCAAAAACCCUCUGCUAUUCAGAAAAAUCAACAGAAUGCAGCGGGCGUCUUGUUUUAUUCUACUGCUAUUUUUGCCAUGAUGGAAACUGACAAAGGUGCAACAAAGCAUGCAAAAGCAGCUGAGAGGGAGAGAAUCUACACUGCUGUCAAGGCUUUUGGGUUGGAUUCCACUGAAUAAUUUAGUUAUUUGUUUAGCGCUAAAUGACUUAUUUUGUCACAGUACAGUACACAUAAUUUUAGGUAUCAUUUUGAGUAUUUUUUUUAAGUAUUUCAAUUGAAUGUAUCUUUUUAUACGUCUGUACACAUGCAUAGAACCUUCUCAGUCCCCAGUUUGGCGAAAUACAUUACUUUUCUCUUUCCCGAAUUAAGUCAGACUUUAUUUCACAAAAACAAAAACUGAGUUACACAAUACUAUCCAAGGAAAAACUACUGUAGUCAAAAGUAAAGAUGUACAGUAAAUAGGGAUGCACUUGCAUAAUGAACUGGAGGAACACAUUUCCGAGAGGUUUGCAGAUUUUUAGAGAAAAUUAUUGAAAUUAUUGAAAAUUAUUGCAGCAUUGAUUAUUACACCAUUGAGUAUUCUGUGUUCAAAAAAGUAGCACGACAAAGAAAAUUACAAACUUUGAAAAAGUAAAUGAUCAACAAAUUGUAUUUGUGAAAAAAGACUAUAAACCUGUAAUAAAAUGUCUAUUAUUUUGGAAAAAAAAUUGAAUGUAACAACCCAAUAUAUGAACAAUUUAAUAA